GUCUGCUCUGCGGAAAGACGCCGGCAGGUCAAUCGCUCCAUCGACGGAUACUUGAACGGACGUGUACCGGACUACUACAAGAGGCUAAUAUGAAGGCAGUGGCAGCUGUUGGGGUGUUACUAUUCGUCCAAGUGGUUCGAUGCUUCCCAGACGGAGCUCCAAUCGGUGCUUGUGAAUCUUUCCUACCCCGCCACGGUUCAGCACAACCUCUACCGAACCAUUCUUCCCCAUACGCUGUCACUCAGUCAAAGGCACACUACGGUCCCGGAGACAUCGUCACAGUCAGCAUUACUACAACCGGACCGUCAUUCAGAGGGUUCAUCGUGCAAGGCUUCAACCCGCAGACACGGGAGGUCAUCGGAGAAUUCCUCGGCGGCUCGGGGGUAAAACUUCUGCCCCAAUGUUCGUCCAUCACGCACGAUAAUAACCGCGGCAAGAAGGCAGCGACUCUGAGCUGGAGGGCUCCCAGAGGAACAUCUGGGCCAGUAAUGUUCAGGGCGACAGUGGUGAAAACGCACGACGAAUUCUACGCCAAUCUUCUCAGCCAAGCAGCCGGAUAUUGAACGACACACCAGUUCCACAUCAUUUAGAUAUCUCCUCAUCAUGUAAUAUUCACCACAAAAACGCUCGUAACGCUUCGCUAUACGAGUGAAAUAUACACACAAAGAACCUCGAUACAUUAAAGUAUAUUUUACA